AUGGCGCGCCGCGGGACUCAGCCGCAGGCGCAGGCGCAACCGACGCUGUCGGUGUUACUCGAAGAAAACCAUCGUCUGCGAGGCAAGAAGGAGCAACUUGCCGACCAGCUCGCGGGCCUUCGACAGCAGGUCCUCGAGGCCGAGGGUGCUCUUGCCGAUGUUGACGAGCAGUUGGAGGGGAAUCAGCGGGUACGUGAAGGCACAUCCAUUGUCCACGAGACGGCACGGCGGCUUUCGGUACCGUUGGGAGGCGCUGGUGGUAUACUGACUGACUGACGUGGAAAUAGCGGAUCGGAGAUGCUCUGCCGGGCACCACGUCCCGACGCCGCUCUACCCUCGACACCACGCCAGCGUUGACGGAAGACGAUGGCUCCCUCGACCAGGUCGAAGAGGAAGAAGCCCGCCACGCGGACCACCACCAGCAACAACCACGCAUGGUCAAGUCCAAGCGCGGCGGUCUCAGGAUUUUCAGCAAGCACAAUCCGACCGUGGUGGAGCUCGAUGGCGUCUGGACCGAGGUGUGGUGCCAUGCGUGCGGUGCCAACAGCAGCGAGGCGACGGAAGAGUUCUUCAACGGCACGCUGGGCUUGACGCGGCACUACGCGAAGAAGCAUCGUGACCUCGCCAGGGAUGGGUUCACGUGGGAGAGGAUCGCUGCCGUGUGUGGCCGACGCAGCUUGACGCGCGAGGACGUUGAAGGCCUCGUGAGUGGCCGGUUCUCUAUUGAGGUAAGAUUUCCUGGUCAUGGUGUUGCGAGCGAGCAGGAGGAACAGCAGCCGGCCGAUGAGCAGCAGCAGAUUGAGCAGGCGGGUGGGGAGCAGCAGCAGGUUGAGCAGGCGGGUGGAGAGCAGCAGAUUGAGCAGGUGGAUGAGGAGCAGCAGAUUGGACAGGUGAAUGAAGAGCAGCAGCGGGAGGAGCAGGGAAAUGACCAAGCAGAUGAGGACGACGAGACGAUGAUCAAGUCGGAGCCGACUGAUCUCACGGAUGACUCGCCAGUCCAUGCCCGCAAGCAAACCCUUCAGGACUUGGCUUUAGCUGCCAGCGCAGAAACGGGUUCGUCCGGCAGCGUCGACGCAGAUGGAGCCCCGAAGUCCUUCAAGCGCGGCAAUUCCUCCACCUCACCGCCGGCUGAAGCGAACAAGAGGAAGAUGGCUCGGCAUAGCCCUGAAGACGAUAAGGAGGCGCCAGCUUCUGCACCAAAGCGUCCACGCGGAUGGCCUCCAGUGCCUCAGUUCCUCUACGAACCACAGUCCUAG